GAGUGACUCUAUGGUGCGGCGCGGGGCCGGAAGCCGGAGAGGCGGGCGGCGGCUCUGUGGGGAGAGGUGGCGGCUGUCGGCGGGGCUGAGGCCGGCGUGGAAACUCGAGCCCCGACCCCUCCCCCAGCGGAGCGGGCAAGGCAGUGCUGGUGUCUCCUGCGACCGCCGUUCUAUCAACGCUUCGUGAUGAUGCACCUGCUACAGCUGAGCAGCAGUGGAGCAGGUCUUCGCUAGAUCGCUAAAUCGACCCCCACUGCAUCGAUCGCAGCAGCAUCAAUCCUUGAAAAUGUUCUGAAGAAUAAAUUGGACAGUGCCAGUUGGAAUUAAAUUGUCUGAAAAAACCUCUGUUCACCCUAAGGCCUAUUUGACACUGAGAGAGCUUCCACAACGGCCUAAUUCUGCAAGUGAUGGGCUCGGAGAACAGUGCUUUAAAGAGCUACACACUGGAAGAGCCGCCGUAUACCUUACCAACUGGACUCACAAUUUACCCAGCUGUACUGCAAGAUGGCAAGCUUGCCUCGGUCUUUGUGUAUAAAACAGAGAAUGAAGACACAGUUAAUAAAGCUGCCAAGCACCUGAAAACCUUGCGCCACCCUUGCCUUUUGCGCUUCCUCUCUUGUACUGUGGAAACAGAUGGGAUUCACCUGGUUACAGAGCGUGUAAAGCCUUUGGAGAUGGCGCUGGAGAUGCUGUCCUCAGAUGAGAUCUGUGCAGGGAUCUAUGACUUAUUGCUAGCUCUUAUCUUCCUUCAUGACAGGGGAAACCUAACGCAUAACAACAUCUGUUUAUCAUCUGUAUUUGUAAGUGAGGAUGGGCACUGGAAACUAGGAGGAAUGGAAACAGUCUGCAACCUUAAUGAAGCCACCCCAGAGUUCCUGUGUGGUAUCAAGUCAGUGAGAGACAAGGCAGCCAUCCCUCCUGAAGAGAGGUCUGCAGAUUUCAAAAUUCUUCCUGAGAGCCACGGACAUGCCCGGGAUGCCUAUUCAUUUGGAACAAUGGUUGAAAAUCUGCUGACAUUCUUAAAUGAUCAGGUUUCAGCGGAUAUUCUCUCCAGUUUUCAACAGACCUUGCACUGUACGCUGCUGAAUCCAGAUCCGAAGUGUCGUCCACCACUGUCCAGCUUACUGUCUCAUGAGUUCUUCAGAAAUGAUUUUCUAGAAGUUGUGAACUUUCUGAAAAGUUUAACCUUAAAGACUGAGGAGGAGAAAACUGAAUUUUUCAAAUUCCUGAUGGAUAGAGUGGCCUGUUUGUCAGAGAAGCUGAUAGCUUCACGGCUGGUGCCUCUCUUACUCAAUCAGCUUGUGUUUGCUGAGCCAGUAGCUGUCAAGAGUUUCCUUCCACAUCUGCUAGGUCCAAAGAAAGAUAAAACUGGAGAAAGUGAGACCACCUGCCUGCUGUCACCAGCCCUCUUCCAGACGCAUGUCACUCCUGUGUUGCUGAAGCUGUUUGAGGUCCACGAAGAGCACGUGCGAGUGGUGCUGCUGUCUCACAUUGACGCCUACGCAGAACUGUUCACGCAGGAAGAGUUGAAAAACAUCAUAUUGCCACAGGUGCUACUGGGCCUUCGAGAUACCAGUGACUCUAUUGUUGCAAUAACGCUGCAUGGCUUAGCGGUUCUGGUCUCUCUGCUUGGACCUGAAGUGGUUGUGGGGGGUGGAAGAACUAAGAUUUUCAAAUGCUCCGCACCGAGUUUCACUAAAACUACGGACCUUUCGCCAGCAGACUCCCCAACUCACAUUAGCAACCAGAGAAGUCAGCUUUCCCAGCCCCUGCAGAACAACUCUUCCAGUGUGUUCCCCAAGUGCCCCAUCGCUGGAAACGUGUCCCUCAGCAGCGAGAAACAUGUGCCAAGAAAAGACUCUCAGGUGGCCUUAAAGACAGUUGAACAAGACCCUCAGCUAUCCCUGAAUGGAGAUCCUGCUGCGAUGAAUACUGUGGGAAGCAGCAGGAGCCCUUUGAAUACUUCUGAAAAGCCAACAGAGGAAUGGCCAGACUGGAGCGAGUCCGAAGAGCCCGAGACUCAGAAAAUUGUGAACGUACAGCUCCGGCCUAUGGAGCCACAUGGCAGCACUGGGCCCUAUGUUGUUGAUCAUAAUGUGGACAAGGAACCCUCGGACAACUUUGAGCCCAGCAGCCCUGCUCCUAAACUGUUCUCAGGAAACAGCCUCAAUGCUUCAAGAGCUGAUGGAGUCCAAGUGCAGAGGCCACUCCCUGGUGCCCUUCAGCCGAGCAAAGAAUCCAAAAGCUUCAAACCCAGUCCUCCCUCAAUGUCCAGCCCUGUGAAUUGCUGGAGCAAUGACAGCUGGGACCACCCAGACCAGCUGAGAGAAACAGCAUUCCUGGAAAGGUCUCCCAAGUCUCCAUGGGAGUCUGGCUUAGGAGAAGAGUUCACAAUCCAAGUGAAGAGGAAACCAGGGCGAGAUCCUGAGUUGGACUGGUUUGCUGACAUGACCCCAGAUAUUAAACCAUCUGCAGCUUUCCUGAUUUUACCGGAAAUGAGGACAGACUCGGUUGUUCUUAGUCACUUAAGUGCAGUUUCCAGUGGAGAGGAUACCUCCCAGAUAGUGCAAUUUUCAUCCAAAUUUGCAGCAGCUGAAGUCAAUGAGGUGAGAAUACGGGGAGUUGGGGGGAUUAUAUUGAGUGAUGUGGUAAAUUGUAGAAGGAAAAAUGCAUUUCAAGGAAUGCAAAAUGCAAGCAGGUCCUGCACAAACCUGCCACUAUGCCUCAGUCCUUAGCAGCAGGGUGUCAUCUGUGCAGUGCUGGCACAGUGCAUGCUGCCUCAGCAGCUUCAUCUAGACAGUGGAUAACAUGGAGGAGAGGAAGGAGUCUUUGCAGGUGAGGAAACAGGUGGACAUCAGUUGACUGCUGUAAAGGUGCUGAAUGAUGCAUCUUAUCAGGCACUAUUGUUAAGUUUGAUCAGCUCUUGUAGCUGCAGAUGUGUGAUAAGAGGCACAUGAAACUGAUUAGUACAGUUUGGGUAAACUUGUGGCCUUUAAAACAAUUAGGCACAGUGGCUUGAGGACUAGGAAGGGGAUAUAAACUUUUCCUUCUAGUUCUUGAAUUCAGAUCCAGAGAGGGGCUGUUUAGUGGCCUGUGUGAAAUAUGAUUGUCCUAGCCCAGCUUCUACUAGACAGAUAGAUACCUUCAACGCAAGUGUGACCUUGUAGAUUCAGUGGAGUGGCCAAAGAUUUGAAGAGUUGGGAGUCUAAAUUCCACUCUCAGCUGUAGCAGUCCUGCUAAAACAGCUGAGGCACAUUGUGGGGUGCAGCAUGAACCACAUGGCAUUAAAUGGGAUGUUUUGCUUCUGGGACUCUUUCAUUAGUUAUGUAACCCCUUUUAAAAGAUAAACCUACUAUAAAAUAGGAGGGGUGGGAGGAAUCUAUGCACCUUGCAAAUGAACUCCUCCUUUUAAAUGGUUUGUACGAUCUGAAAAGAGGAAAGAAACAGCUUGUCCACGACAGCCAGUGGUGCUAGAAACCUGCACAUUUUCUCUAGGGAGUUGUAGAGUGGUGUGUAAUUCUGGUUUCUGUCAUCACGUGCCUGUAUAAUGUACCAGAUAGAUCAAAACAAAGUCCUAGGCUGCUUAUUGAACUGGGCAUGUGACUUGAAGGUUCUGAUGGAUUGUCACAGAGUCCAAGGACUGCUGCUAUGUUCUGCAGCAGUGAGGGACAGGGUUAUGGCUCUGCACAUGGAACAGUCUGCUUAUCUGACUGAGUCCUGGGCUGUGGGUGCUCCUAAGAAGGGGAGAAGCAGGAAAGGCUAUUCUCCCUCCCCAAACAGCCUCUGUCUCUGAAAUGGAACAGGGUGACCUGUCACAGCCAGUGGUAGUGCUAUCGGAGCUGAGGGACUGAGAGGCUGCCUUGCAGGACAAAGCACAAUCACUGUCAGUGCUAGCAGGAAAGGGAACAUCCCCUGCUUGCCACCAGAGCAUGCAGGGUAGGAAGAGAGGGAGGUGUAUAGAGACCCCUUCCUCUACAGCCUUUUGGAAGGGAGGAGCCCUCACCUCCCUUAGAGAUAACAGUUCCUGUGUUAAUAGCAUGUGUUCCUCUGCUGAGUGAUAUGGCUAAGAACAGGGGGACUGCUGCUUUUACCCCACCUUGCUGCCAUAGUACUUUACUCCCAUUUGAGAGUCACAGCAGGGACAGAGACUGGUUUUAAACCAUUGUCUGACUGCAAAAUACCUGACUCGCCUAUCUGUGUUAAAUAAUUGGUCCAGUGCUAGCUUAACGCACACCACCUUUGGAAACCACUGCUAUCUAA